GGUCUUUGUGUGUGGGGACUGAACUAAAUGCGUGUCCCUGGUAGUCUACAGAGGGCUAGGCUACGGCGCAGACUCAAGACAACACCUUCCUUCGACGCUUCGCUUUCUCAGUUGACGCGACGGCGACGGUUUCUGACGUGAAGCAAAUAUACACUAGCAGCAUUGGCCUAGAUAAUAUCUUCUUCGCAUGACAGCGACCCGACACGGACCAACUAUUUGCAACGCUGCAAAGUGCGCAUUUGCUGUCACAUUCUGACGGAUCGUAACGUCAGGACGGUGCAUUACAAACCACCCGGGGUUGGUGUGCGUCCCCACAAAAAACAAGAGGACGACAUGUACAGGCCUAAUCUUUAAACGUCUCGGGCAUAUCCGUUACCGAGAUGAAUUUGACACUGGAUUAAGGUUUCGGUUCUGGCAGUUUGCCGCGCUCCGUUCUAAAGCACCGAAAGAACGAAAGGCUUUCUGUCUUUACUACAGUGUUAGGUUACCGUCGCUUCCUGGUUUCUUGACGGAUAAAUAAACAACUAUUUACAACCAAUUGCGGGAUAAAAACGGGUGUUAAAACUUUGAGAUGAUGUGUAACAUGUAUAGCAUGACCGCGAAUGGGAGCGCGUCGUGAGGUCCACCGUUCGAUUGUUUUUAAUCUGCACAUCUGUCUGUCCUUCUCCCGAGAGAUUUACUCACUGAGUAGCCUGAAUAUUACAACAACAACACAUCUAUCCUGAUUUGGACAUCGGACGCCGAUGACUCUAUAGGCUAUUCCACCGGGAUCUAACCGACGCAGCCAACCGUCACCACGCAUGGGUCCGCCGGGGGCUCGGAUCCCCCGGGGCUGGAGGACCCAGGCCCGCUGCCAGGAGGAUGGCGACCCGGAGAGGGAGAAGCGAUGGGUGGAACUGUUCGACGAACUGGACUUGAACAGUGAUGGAGUCAUCGAUAUCCACGAGCUCCGGGUGGGAUUGGCGAAACGUGGGCUCUCCCGCCGCGCGGUGGACCGGCAGAUUGUCAAGGAGGGGGACAGCAACAAUGAUGGAGAGUUGGACUUCCAGGAGUUCCGGCAGUACCUCCGCUCCCACGAGGAAGAGCUCCGACUCAUGUUCCUCAGCCUGGACCGCAACAAUGACGGUGAGAUAGAUGUAUCAGAGAUUCAGCAGUCCCUUCAAACUCUGGGAAUAGCUGUGAGUCUGAAGGAGGCUGGCCGAUCAUGAAGAGUAUCGACAGGGAUGGUAACAUGACCAUCGACUGGGAUGAGUGGCGAGAUCACUUCCUGUUCAACCCCAUACACAGUCUGGAAGACAUCUCUCGCUACUGGAAACACUCUCAUGU